AUCUAAACAUAAAGGAUUUAAUAGGAAUGUUCAUUUUAUUGCAAAGCCAAAGAGUGUAUGCCAAAAUCAAUCAAUAAGCAUUGUUUUGUUCUCAACAGAUAAAUUCCCUGAUCUCACUGCACAAUAGUAGCAUUUAAUGUGAUUAUUCCAAAUUUGUUAAGUAGAAGCUUUGAGACUGUCAAAUUGUAUUAAAUUAAUUGUUUUUUUUCUGACCAGUCAAAUGAACUCUCAACAGCUUAGUCCAGCCCAAAAAGACCUAAACUCACAUUACAAAUUUGCCCCAGAUCAAAUUCCAUUGGCCUUUUUACAUAUACAAUAAUGCUUUAUAAGGGCUAUCAUUGUCCCUGUAGAAUUACUGGGCACGAUAUAUAAUUAAUGCAGUGAAGUGCAAUUAUAUCAUUUGCACAAUGUCAUUUACAACAUGGAAUCAUUAUGUGCUUUGCAUGUCAAAUCAUUCUACUUUGCUGCUCUUCAAGGUAUAUUUUUUCUCCUCAGUCGUAGUGACAAUCCCAAUUUAAAAUACAAGUAUAGACAGGAGAAAUGUAAAAUCGACUGUGCAAAUAUUCAGCUGCAGUUUUGGUGCAAAAGGUUUUAACUGGGAAUUUACAUCUUUCCCCAGUUCCAAUGGGAAAUCUGUGUCAUGGUCUGAACCAGGAACUGGACGGCCAGCGAAGGGACAGCACAUGUGGCAUAGACUAUCCGUCCAUGUGAAGAGCAAAGAUGUUGCAUCUAAUCAGACAGCUGUAAUCAAACCCCUGACUAAACCAUACCAGAACCAGAUCAAAAAUCUCAGCUUCUCAGAUGCGAGCACAAAAGCCCUUUACAACGUUGUGGAAGAAGAUGAAAGUGAUCCACUGAGACUCGACAUUCCCAAUAGUCCAGAAAUGACAUUGCAGAGACGGGCAAUGUCUAUCACACAGCUUAAAGAAAUAGAAGAUCCCCAAUUUUUCAUUUCUGAUCAGUUGCAAAAAGAUGUUUCAUCACAACAAUCUGUAAUGGAUCAGUUGCACGGAGUGGUCAAUGCAUUUACAACCAAUAUGACUGACCUUGAUUCAGUGCUUACAGUGCCAGUGCCAGUGCCCGGGAAUGGGGUGACGGCACUGUACCAGCUUGAUGAACAAGUACUCCCACUUCAGAUGACUACCUUCAAUCCUCAACCCAUUUCACCCGUGGAGGAGGAGGAGGAGGAGGAGGAAGAGGAGGAGGAGGAGAGUGAAAGAUUCAAUCUCAUUGACAACUUCAUUUAUGACAACACAGAGAACCAGGAGGAACUGGUUGUCCCCAACAAACUCACGUUGGAGGAUUCCCCAGCACUCACACCUCCUUCACCUUUCCGAGAUUCAGUGGCAUCAGGCAGCUCCGUUCCCAGCUCCCCCAUCUCUGAAUCAGUGCUGUGCACCCCACCCAAUGUUACCUAUGCCUCAGUCAUUCUGAGAGACUACAAACAAACUUCCUCAACUCUCUAAAGGUUUAACCUUACAAUGAGAAGUUAAAGUUUGCUGGGGAUUUCAACAUGAAAUAUUGGGGGGGGGGGGGGGGGGGGGGAAGGGGGAGGUGGGGUUAGGGGCACAUGCUAUGGACUAUGUUGUGAACCAUUUGAAAAUUAAAAAGGAAAACAGUAUAUUAUCCCAGUUGUCUGUACAGUCAAGAUCCCUGUAAUUCUGUGAUAGGGUUCCCUUGCUAAGUCCAGGAAACAUCUGGAUUAUGUAGCAACUCAGAACAAUAGUUUCAGAAGCAUUAUCGUAGGGGUAGGCAUGCUAAAAUAUGCUAUCUUAUUGCACACUACUUUCAUUUCAAAUAGUUAUUGUAUUAUAAUUGUUGGGCAGUCUGAUAUUUCACUUUGUGCCAACUGCCAACUGUUAAUACCAACUGUCAGGUGAACUUCUGCUGUGUUAGUUAUGUGUGUAUGUUUAUUGGAUAGCAAAGGCUGUAGCUUCUUAUUUACAAAUCAAAACUGGGUCAAUAAGAUCAACUCAUCAACAAUAAUCUGCAACAUAUUCAAAUCCUCGAGUUCUUUAUUCCUCACAGUUUGCCUCACAUGUGACAAGCAGCCCAUUUAGGGUGGGUCAUAGCGUAACAAUUAUGUCUGCUAUCUAACAGAAAAUGGUGCUCUAUCUGCGUUUAAAUAAAAACAGUACCCUGUCACAAAAGGACCUGCUAUUCUUGCUACCCCCAGAAGUAGGACGGUAACCUCUCAACCCGUCACAAUCAUUUCUCAAUUGUUUCUUCCAAACCUGACAAAUGCCACAGUAGUACAAAUGGGAACUGCUGGAGAAAUGCAGAGAGAAACAAGUUGAAGUUUCGAGUCCAAA